AUGAAGGCCUUCCUAAGGAGCUCGGAUGGCGUCUUGGCGCUCAGGCCAAAGAUUACGACAAUAGGGAAGCAUGAGGACUCGGACAUCGUUCUUAAGUCUCCAGGGUUGGAAGACCACCACGCUGCCCUCGAGUUCAGUGACGCCGAGUACAGCUUUGUUCUUCGGGACUUCAAUACUGGCAGCGGCUCCUUUGUGAACGACUGCCAGAUCCAGAAUGUGGCCGUGAAGGUGGGCCCGGGAGACCUCCUGCGCUUCGGCUCCGGCGGGCCAACCUUUGAGCUGGUACUGGACCACCCACCUCAGGCACCUUAUCCUCCGGUGAAUCGGCGCAUUGCCUGGCCGGGCCAAAUCCAGGUGGUUAGAGAGACAGCCUCCCCUCCAUCGGCAACGGCGGCUCCCCAGUUUCCAUUGCUUCCCUCUCAGCAGUCCUCACCCGCCAGCCCCAGCUGGCCCUCCGCAGCAAGCGGGACCUCCCCGCGCCCCCCCCUCCGAAAGAGGCUGCCUGGGAGCUCCUGGGGCAGGACCGUCUCCUCCUCUGCCUUCUCUCCCGAGCCUUCCAGCUGGCCUCCAGCCUCCCUCACAGGCAAUGGAGCCCUCCCUGGCCCUCUCGCCAGCAGCCACCCGGGGGAAGGGCUUCUCAAAGAGAAGGAAGAGACCAUUUUGAAACUGGGGGAGGAAAUCAACCGCUUGUCUGCCUUUGAAAGCGAGUGUAGCCGCAAGGACACGCUGAUCGCAGAGCUCCAGCACGAGAUUUCGGCCUUGAACGAGAAGGUGGUGGUAACCCUGGCCAAAAAGGACACCGAGUUCCAUCAGAAGCUGGCCAGCCUCGACAAAGACUCCGAAGCCAAGGCCGAAGAGAUUAGGAGGCUGAAGGAGCAGGUGACCGGCCUGCAGAGAAACACCAGCGAAGUCUUGUACCACUCCCUCUCGGACCGCGACCUGCAAAUCGCCCACUGGAAGCAGGAGAACGAAGCCCUGAAGAAGAGCCAUGCGCUCACCACAGGACUGGUGACCAGUUUGCAAAAGGACGUGGUCUCGAAGGAGCAGCGCAUCCAGCAACUGAAAACGGAGACCGAGAAGCUGAGGCAGGAGAGCCGGGAGAAGGACAGCCAGCUGGCCUAUGUCUCCGCCCAGUGCUGUAGAAUUAAAGCGGAGACCCAGCGGGAACUCAGGGACAGAGACCUAAGUGCCCACCAGAGUCGGAUCGCGGAGCUGGAGCUGCAGGCCGGCCAGUCCAAGGAGGAGGUGAAGAAACGCUGCGCAGAGCAGGAGGCCUUGACCCGGAGGCUGGCCGAAGCCACCAGGGCCGAAGGGGAGCUGAAGCAAGAGGCAGAGAGGCGGUCCCAGCAGGUGCAGGAGCUGGGCCGCCGAGAGCGUCUCCUGCGCUCGGAGAUGGAGCAGGCAGCCGCUCAGGCGCAGCGUUUCCGGAGCCAGGUGGCGAAGGCCCUCUUUCCUGAACCUCCCGAGAAAGCUCUAACCAAUGAGCAGAUUGUUGAGGAAAUCCGUCAGGCGCAGGAGAGCCAGCAGGGCUCCGAGCAGAAGGAGGCAGAGCUGCAGAAGGAAGUGCAGAUCAAGGCCCUGGAAAUGGAGAAGCUCUCAUCCAACCUGGCCCUGCUGAAGAAGCUGCUUGAUGGAUUCCAGGGGCUCCUGAAGGCCUCUUUCUCUGCCAAGAGCCUGAAGGGGGCCAUCAGCCAGCUGCAGAGCCUGGGCCCCCUGGCCCCCCCGGUGUCAGGAAUCCAAGCCUCCCUGGCCCGCAUCCUCUACAGUGUGCUGGGCUGGGUGGAAGCGCUGGAAUCGCUGCUCCGGAACAUGGGCGUGGAUGCCCCGGCUGCCGACACAGGAAUGGCCGCCUACAUGAAGCAGCUGCUGGACCAGCACCACAGCGUCACGGGGCAGGUCCAGGCCCUGCAGACUCAGCUGCGGAGGGCAGAGGAGUCCCAGCACUCGACCCUGCGGGAGGAGCUGAGGGAGCUGAAGGAGCAGCUGGAGGGAGCGUUCCAGGCCAGAGAGAGGGAGAUCCGGGAGGAAGAGAAGCAGCAGCAGAAGGAGAUCCUGGAGCGGAGGGCCGCCCUGGAAGGAGCUGAGCUGAAAGAAGCCCUGGAAGAGGAGAGGAAAAGGGGCCGCCUGUUGCAAGCUGAAGUGAAGGAGCUCUCCGAGGCCAUGGAAGGGAGGAGGGACCUGGAGAGGACGUUAAACGCCAGGGUGAAGGAGAGUCUGGGGUCUCUGGAAGAUGCGAAGAGGGGAAAGGCGAUGGCGGAAGAGAAGCUGUCGGUCUGGGAGAGGCGGCUGCAGGGCCUGGAGGCUGAGGCCGAGUCGCUGAGGCAGAAGCACCAGCGGGAGAUCUCGGAGUACCAGGAGCAGGUCAAGCAGCACGCCAGGACCAUCGUGGAGCUGGAGAAGAGGCUGCCCAGCGCUGCCCAGCAGGUGGAGGAGGAAGGCGCUGCCCGGCCAAGAGAAGCGAAGAAGGAGCCUUGCAAGGCUCCCUUGCCUGCCUCCCCCGGGCUGUGCAUCAUGGACGAGUUUCACGCUUUCCUGAAGGAGGAGCUGGCAGCUGCCAAGCAGGAGAUCCAGGCCAACCAGGCGGUCAUCGCGGAGCUCAAGAGGGAGCUUUGCCAGGCCAGAGCCACGAUGUCCGACGUGAUCGGGGAGCUGAGCGACAAGCAGAAAGCGGAGCUGGAGGAGAAGCGGAGCCUCGUGCAGAGCCAGGCCCGAGAACUCGGCCUCCUGCGGGAGAAGCUGUCGGAGGCCUCCAGGACGCUGGCCCAGAGGGACACCGACCUCCAAGCCACCACCGAGCAGUUAAGGAAGGCCAGAGAGAAGGUGAAGGAGCUGCUGGCGGAGGCGCAGGAGGCGAAGGCCAUGGAGCCGGCCAGGGUUGUGCAGCACAAGGGCGUGCAGACCACGGGGGCCCUGCAGGACCAGGCCCCCCCUGCUGCAAAGGAGCCCCCGCUCUUGUGCCUGGCUGACCUGGGAGCCAGAUGCAAAGGCUCUCGCCACGAGGAGGUCAUCCGUCGGCAGAAGGAGGCCCUGGCUGAGCUGCGCAAGAAGCUCCGGAAACUGGACAAGGACACAAAUAACUCCCAGCCGCUUCUGGUUGUGCGCAAAGGGCCGGCAGAGAAGCCAGAGCAGGCGAGGGAAAAGGGCCCCGCGACGAUGGUGUUGAAGGUGGCAAUGGAUGCCCACCAGCCUCCAGCUGGGCCCUCCGGCACCGACCUCAACGUGGCCACUGAGAGGACCGCCAGGCUGGAGAUGGCCGAUGCGCUGGACCUCAGCGAGAACCUGUACCUCAGCCUUGUCCGGGGCCUCUCGGGCCUGAUGGAUGUGGAGCAGCUGAUGGGCUUGCGGACUCUCAAGCACCUGUCCCAGGCCGAGCGGGAGAAGGUGAGCCUGCUGCGCCAGAAGAACCUGGAGCUGCUGCUGGACCGGAUCAGCAAGCUGAAGAGCCGCCUGCAGAGGAAGGAGUCCCUGCUGAGGGAGUACGAGGGGGACGCCGGGCCCUUCAGGAGCAACAAGCCCAGCCUGCAGGCCUGCCGGUCGGAGGCGGCCAAGCUGGCCGACCAGGUGUACAGGGACGCGGAGGAGAAGGCGCUGCUGAAGGAGGCGCUGGAGAGGACGCGGCUGCAGCUGAGCAAGGAGAAGAGGCUGAACAAGGCCCUCAAGAAGCCCAAGACGCCAGCCGCAAGGAAGCCGCUCUCCGAGAGUCCGAAGGCAGCCGAGGGGCCGAGGGAGGCCUGCAGACCCCGAGUGCCUUGCAGCGGCUGGGCAUAGGCGACCCCCUUUCCGGAGCGCUGUGGGGCAGGAACGGCCCUGCCACUGUAAAUAGGAGGUGACCCGUUUUGUAACUGCGCAGGCGCCUCGUCCAGGCAGCCGGUGGCCCCUCUGGCUACGCCUCCGCUGCGAGAGAAGCACCGCCGGAGGUGCCCAGGAUAAAGGCUCUGCCGCCCUGCCAUCCGCCUCAGCUGGCGUCUUUGGGGGAAGCCGAGGAGGGGCUCUU